AUGCUCCGUAUCAACCUCUUCGCUCUCCGCCCCCUGGGGCAGUCUGCCUUUGCGCAGGCUAGUCGGCAGCCUCCCGGUCUGCGGCUCUUCAGCACUCUUCGUCCGAACGCUCCUUCCUCACACAAACGCGCUCCCUUCCCGUCCUCCCGACAUUCCCGCACUUUUCUCACCGACGCGCAACCCGUUGCCCGGAAACCCUCCCAGACCGAAUCAUGGGUCAAAUUUGGGAUAUCCGCCGCAACAGUUGCCGGUACGAUGGUCGGCGUGAACUUCUUCCUCAACCGCGAGACGCGAGACGCGCUAUCCCCAGCGGAGCGUUCGUAUCUCCAUGAAAGCUUCCAGUACACCGGUGCCGGUCUCGCGUUCACUGCUCUCGCCGCACGGGCUAUGUUCCGGAAUGGAUUUGCGGUCAGGCUGAUGGCUGCUCGACCUUUGGUGGUACUCGGCGUGAGCUGUCUGGGGUCAAUGGCAAUGAUGUUCGGUGCCAUGAGCACAUCUCCCGAGAACCCCGUGCUCAAGCACUCAUUCUGGCUGGGCUUUAACGCUUGCCAAGCCGCCGUCCUCAGCCCCCUCUACUUCUUUAGUCCCGCCCUCCUCUCACGGGCCGCAUUGUACACGGUUGGUGUUGUGGGCUCACUUUCGUACAUCGGGGCAACCGCUAAGAACGAUACCUACCUCUACAUGGGAGGCCCUCUUCUUGCCGGCGUGACUGUGGUUGCGCUCAGUUCUCUCGCACCUUUGGCCCUUCCUCUGGGCAUGCGUGGUCUGGCUGUUUCUGAGGCGAUAUCUCUGUAUGGUGGUCUUGCCGUGUUCAGCGGUUUCGUGCUCUUCGACACACAGAAGAUUUUGCGCAAUGCCAGGCUGGCUGCAGAGGGUAGGAUGGUACGGGACCCGCUCAAAGAGUCCAUUGGUCUCGAGCUCGACAUGAUCAACAUCUUCGUUCGGAUGGUCCAGCUACUUGCUAACCAGAAAAACAAUCGGAAGUAG